GAAUCUUCAAUUGGUGACUGUAGAAAUACUGGACAUGUUGAGGCAGAAAAUGUUGCUAAUCCAGAUCAAGUCCACUUGGAGUCACCAGUUAGUCCAGCUACCUUACCAGUGUCUACUGAAUUUGAAACUCAGACUUGCCAAUCAAGUAUGCAUGUGGAACAAAGUCCUGAAGCGCAACAGUCAACCUCAAUGAAAGAUCAACCUGCAGAAAAACGAGCAUGUAUUGUGGGUCCUGAGGCAGCAAUGCAGGAUCAGUCAGCAGAGGCUGAGCGAGCAGGUACCUUGGGUGCCAUAUCAGCUCAGGUUUUGCCGCUUGAAAUGCAAUCAUCAUCAACCUCAAUGCGGGGCGUUCCCUUUGUGUCUGGUCUGCAGAGUCCGUCUGUCCAUCAAAGUGUAGUACCUUCAUUGGAUCCACAUGCAGGAGUAGAGUUAUCUGGCACUGUGACACCUCAUGCUAUACAACCACCAGCCUCAAUGCCUGUGGAACAGAGUACCAGUCUGCCUGCCCAACAAAGCUUAGCAACAUUGCGUCAUCCACCAGCAGAAGCAGAACCAGCAGGUAUUCUGGCCACAGAGGUAGCUUGCGAUUUGCAGCCUGAAGCCCGACUGUCAACCUCAAUGCAGGAUCAACCUGCAGAAGAAGGAGCAUGUAUCUUGGGCGCCACUGCUGCUCGAGGUUCGCAGCCUGAAGUGCAACCAUCAACCUCAUUGGAUUCACAUGGCAGAGGAGAAUCAACAGAUACGUUGGGUGUGGUGACAGCUCCUGAUAUGCAAUCAGAAAUACAACCAUCAGCCUUGAUGCAGGAUCAACCUGUGGCAGCAGAAGGAGCAUGUGUUCUAGGCACGACAGUAGCCCAGGAUUUGCAGCCUGAACUGCAAACAGCAACCACAGUUCAGCAUGACCCACUUGAAAGAACACGCUCUGAAGAAAGGAGACAAGCUGGUUUUGAACCAAACACAGCAGCCAGUCCUGAGCAUGAUCUGCAGUCUGAAAUACAGCCAUCAGCCUUAAUGCGUGAUCGACCUGCAGGAGCAGAAGGAGCAGGUAUGGUAGGCAGUACGGCAGCCCAGGAUUUGCAGCCUGAACAGCAAUUAUCAACCACAGUUCAGCAUAUCCCUACCGGUCCUGAGCAGCCUACCCAACUCCCUCCAGUCACGCCAUUGGUGUUUAAUAAUCCAAUCAUUAGUGAUGAACCGCUGAGAAAUGAGUUGGAAAAAAUAAUUCAUUGGAGCACUUUGCUUGAUAAAGGCCAUGACGAUAAGAGAUCACAACUUCAGGCAGAGCGCAACCAAGAAUUAGAGAAGAUAAACAGGAAGUAUGACUCGUUAAUUCAACAAGAAGAUUCCGCUCAUCGUCUGAAGCGGACUCAGUUGAAUGGUAUCUACCAGAAAGUUUACGUGAGCAAAUCACUAGCUGAGAAUUUCCGACGCCAGUUCACACCAUCAGUUGCAUCUCAUGGGAGAUUGAUGAACCCUGUAAUGGAGCAGCUACCCGAGUCUUCUUCAGCGGCUCGGAUCGCAGCAUCGCCGUCGGUUAUCCCAUCACCAUCCCCCGGAGUGGCAGCGCACAGUUCAGCAGAACCCUCCGUCCGCCCUCCGCCGGUGGCUCUACCAUCCUCAUCACGGACCGUCCAGUCACAGUCAGCCAUGCCUGGCAAUCUCUCUGGAGCAAUAUCAUCGUCAGCCAUGCCUGGCAAUCUCUCUGGAGCAACAUCAUCGUCAGCCAUGCCUGGCAAUCUCUCUGGAGCAAUAUCACCGCCUUUUGUUCCAGCGCCUUCGCUACAUGCAAGCCACGGACCCGCCGGACCACAGCUGCGCCCUGUCCAGCCACAAUCAGUUCCACCCAGCAUUCUCUACAGAACAAUGCCACCUGCUAUUCCGACACCUCGGCCACAGGGCAGCUACGGGCCCGCUGGAGCAGCAGCACAGCAGCUGCGUGCGCCCUCUCCUCAUCUGCAGCACCUCAGGAUGCGCCCGCCAUAUGUCAUCCCCACAGACCACCACCAGCAGCAGCAGCUUCCUACCAUCAUAGGGGUUCCAGCGGGUGGGCAGUUUGCCACGGAGAGCCUAAGGCCGACGUUUCCGUUUCCGCAGCCAGGCGCCGUGCUAGCCUCCAUGACUCCAGCAGGCUCGGCUCACCAACCAGUGCUGCCGUCAGCGUCAGGCUCAAGCCCAGCUACCCCGUCGUACCUUUUGCCACCUGGCCGGCAUCUGGACCCUGUCUGGACGCCGAACCCCGCUCUCACGUAUGCCCAGGUCCAGCAGCAGGCAUCGUAUCUGAACAUGGCCUUGGGCGGCAGCAGCAGCAGCACCUCAGCAGGUCCGGCGGCGCCAGGAAGCCAGCAGCACGCCGGCGGCGCUCAGCUACCUGUCGUCCUCAACCAUCCAGGCCUGGAACCGUCACCGCCGCCGAACAGCAACCCGUACAUGCCGGCCAGGUUCGGCGUGGAGCCUGACAGCAGCAGUGGCGGCCCCAGCAACGCAGCAGGGCCGAGCGCGGAGGUCGUGUGCCUGUCCGACGACGAAGCCUAGUCGGCGCGAUGUGUUGUAGGCCAUCGUUUGCUUCACUUUUCUUGUGUUGUUGUCCUGAGUUGUCCACUUAGAAGCCGGUGUAGAGCCUUUAGCAGCGAAUAGCAUCCCUGUAGCCGAGAGAUGCCCCUGUUGAUAUGGUAGCAAUUUUUGAACUAACUCCAGUAAGUUGUUUAUAGUAGUGCCGGUUGUUUCAGCGAAUGCCCAAUUAACCCUUUGCGUGUUCUGUGCGAAUCUGACUGUGUGACUGACUGCCUGCCUGCUUUGGCCCUUGGUUAGGCCUUGUGAUCUCUGACAGUCUGAAUA